UUUUUUGAAGAGUGAGGUGUAAAAUGCAGAAAUAAAAGAUAUAGGGGCUCUCUUGUGAUUGGAAAUAUUAUAAGGGGCAAAUUGAAAUUGUAUCUUUAUGAUCCGUUUUGGGUUAGGUCCUUAAUUCGUAACGUAAAAUGGUCCCCACUAACGUGACCCCUCACCACGUCCACGUGCCUGCCUAACGGACUCGUCACGAAUGUAACGCCUCGGCCCUCUUCUUACCCUUGCUCCUGCAAAAUAUCACGAAUUUCAAUAUCCCUAACGGCGCGAUCCCUAAACGCCUUCUUUUCACGUCCGUCUAAUCCCCUCCGUUUCCGUCAACUUGACGCCGUCCAUGGCCUCUUGUGACGACGAUUUUUCCCUCAUCGACGACCACCAAAACCCUAAUUCCGCCCAACCCUCCACCGCCACGGCCACCCACACCCCGCCGUAUCAAAUCAACCAUUACGACCAAGACUCCGAUCCAUUUGAUUCCGAACCCGAUCCGCACUCAAUUUCCGGGAAGCGCCUCAUAGAUCGAGAUGACAUACACAGCGGCACAUCGAAAAGGACGAGACUGCCCUCCUCCGGCGGAAGCGGAGAUUACAGGAAGGACAGGGAGGAGUGGAGCGACACAGCGAUCGCGUGUUUGCUGGAGGCGUACAGUGAGAAGUUUGUUCAGCUGAAUAGGGGUAAUUUGAGGGGCAGGGAUUGGGAGGAGGUGGCGGCGACGGUGAGCGAGAGGUCGGAGAAUCAGAUGAAGAGCGUGGAGCAGUGUAAGAACAAGGUGGACAACUUAAAAAAGAGGUACAAGUUGGAGAGGCAUCGGCUGAGCAACGGCGGCGUAUCUGCUAGCCACUGGCCCUGGUACAAGCAGAUGGAGCAGAUCGUUGGUAGUUCCCUUGCUGCGAAAGCUGCGGCAGAGGAGGAGAAGUCCUCCGGUGGUGGCGCACCGUCUUACCCAGCUAAGCAGCCCAAGAGAUUAGGAGCAGUAACCAGUAGUCCCGUUGGUCAGAUUAGCAGCAUGAAGCUGAAACCGACGAAUACUCUGAGGUGGCGAAGAGUUGUGUUCAGAAUUAGUGGAUCUGCUCUAGCUGGAAGUCCUCCUACUAAUAUUGAUCCAAAGGUGGCCAUGAUGAUUGCAAGAGAAGUUUCAAUGGCAUGCCAUGUUGGCGUCGAGGUGGCCAUAGUUGUUGGCGGCCGCAACUUCUUUUGUGGAGACACAUGGGUUACAUCAACUGGUUUUGAUAGGUGUACGGCAUAUCAGAUCGGAAUGAUGGCAACUGUGAUGAACUCCGUUCUGCUUCAAUCUUCGCUGGAGAAACUGGGGGUGCAUACACGAGUGCAGAGUGCAUUUUCUAUGCCGGAGAUUUCAGAGCCGUACAGUAGGCAAAGAGCCAUUCGGCAUCUCGAAAAGGGAAGGGUUGUGAUUUUCGGCGGUAUUGGGGCUGGCACAGGGAACCCCCUCUUCUCCACUGAUACAGCUGCCGCUCUUAGAGCAUCAGAUAUUCAUGCCGAUGUUGUCCUAAAAGGUGCAAAUGCAGAUGGUGUCUACGUUUGUGAUUCUAGAAAUGAUAGCUUAGCAGCAGAGCAUAUUUCGUUCAGAGAGUUGGCUAAUCGUGGUGCGUUUCCGAUGGAUAUGAUGGCUGUGACUGUCUGUGAGGAGAACGGGAUUCCAGUUGGCGUUUUCAAUAUUCACGAGCCUGGAAAUAUAUCGAGGGCACUGUGUGGAGAAAGAGUUGGUUUACUCAUUGAUCAAACAGGUCCAAUUAGUUAAUGCUGGUGAUGUGGCUUUCUAAGAUACAUGCUUAUUGGGCUCUUCUUUUUUCGUUUUUUAAGUUAAAUGUAUGAUUAGAUGUCGUCCCUGGAAAAAGAAAAAGAAGAAGAAAAGUUCGGGCUUGAUAAAAACCACAGAUAUAUUUAACCAAGAAGAUUGGUCUUAAAUCGUUUUAGACCCUUAAAUGACGGUGUUUGUGUACUCGAAAGACUGUCAAAGAAUUUAACAUUAACAAUGGUGUGUUAACGAUCGAACUAGGAUAAAUAUUGAUUUGAUGGUUAAAUUUGUCGAACAUGGAGCCAUUGACUUUUACAGUGAUGGUUAUUUAUUUUUUUCGAAGAAUCGGAAAGAAAAUAGUGUAGCAGCUGAA